GCCCGCAGUAAAGAUGGCGGUGCGGAGGGGGGGCGGCGGCCAGCCGCGGUGCGGGCGAGCGGCGCCUUUGUCCCCGGCCCGGCUCCGGAGGCGGAGAUUAACGGGGGCGGAGCUGGGGCGAGCACGAACUGGGCGAGCGGCGGCGGUGGCUGCUGCUGCUGCUCGGGGAGAGCCGUAGCUGCCGUCUACCGCCAUCCCGGACCACCAUUACCACCCCCCCCCCCCUCCGCCUCCUCCCCGGCAUGAGAAAACGCAACGAGUCGGUCACGGUGGAGCAUGAGCGCGCCGCCGCCGCGCCCGCGCCGCUCGACAAAGGCUGCAGCCUGAGGCACAGCCUCCGUCUGCCCGCCGCCACCGCCGCCGCCGACACGGGCAUGAAGCGACCGCUCGGCAGGCGAUACGGAUUAUGGUUCCGGCUGCGGAGGCUGAUAAUCUGGUUGCUGGGAGUGUACGUAGCCAUUCCGUUUCUCGUCAAACUUUGUCCUGCUAUUCAGGCGAAGCUGGUCUUCCUCAACUUCGUGAGGGUCCCAUAUUUCAUUGACUUGAAAAGACCACAAGAUCAAGGUUUAAACCACACCUGUAAUUAUUACCUUCAGCCAGAGGAGGAUGUAACCAUUGGAGUCUGGCACACAGUCCCUGCAGCCUUAGGGAAGAAUGCCCGGGGGAAGGACCAGUUGUGGUUUGAAGAUGCUUUGGGUUCCAGCCAUCCUGUAAUCCUUUAUUUGCACGGCAACGCGGGGACAAGAGGAGGGGAUCACCGCGUGGAGCUGUACAAGGUUCUCAGCUCCCUCGGGUACCACGUGGUCACGUUUGAUUAUCGAGGCUGGGGAGACUCGAUAGGCAGCCCGUCUGAGAGGGGAAUGACCUAUGACGCCCUUCACGUCUUCGACUGGAUAAAAGCAAGAAGCGGAGACAACCCUGUAUACAUCUGGGGACACUCCUUAGGCACAGGGGUCGCAACAAAUCUCGUGAGACGCCUAUGCGAGAGAGAAACACCCCCGGAUGCCCUGAUACUGGAAUCUCCCUUCACCAACAUCCGGGAGGAGGCGCGGAGUCACCCCUUUUCCGUGAUAUACAGAUACUUCCCCGGGUUUGACUGGUUCUUCCUUGACCCCAUCACGACGAGUGGCAUUAAAUUUGCAAAUGAUGAGAAUGUGAAAUACAUUUCCUGCUCCCUGCUCAUCCUUCACGCUGAGGACGACCCGGUGGUACCGUUUCAUCUGGGAAAAAAGCUUUACAACAUCGCUGCGACGUCGCGGAGUUUCCGGGACUACAAGGUGCAGUUCGUCCCGUUCCACACAGACCUCGGCUACCGGCACAAAUACAUCUACAGGAGUCCAGAGCUACCUCGAAUACUGCGGGAAUUUCUGGGAGUAUCCGAACAUGAGCAUCAUCACUGAAGACUGGCUGCUUGGCAGCGGUUUCCCUUUCUUUCCUUCCCCUCCCUCUCUCUCUCCUUUUCCUCCUCCCUCCCCGUGGGUCAGUCUGCCAUUCUUCCAUCCCUGGCGCUAACGGAGGUCAGGGAUUCCCACUCCAGUCCUGAUGUGUACCCUUGGCAACUCCAGCUCCCAGCAUCAGCGUCUGUGAUGGUAGAAGAAAGAAGUUGGUGGCUUCUUUUUUGAUGUGGACGGAGGGGUGCCAACAACCCAGGAGCUUGUACCAAAUGGUGAAAAAAGCAAGCACAACAGAGCCUGGCCUGGCCAAUCCAGCGCGGUACCACUGAGGACAGACAUUCCUAGGACACGUAUGUCAUGACCAAGGGUGUUUCUUUCACUUCCAAACACUGCUGCUGUUUUUGGAUCACAAACAGACUCAUUUGUAGGCGAAUGGCUUUUGCCGUGUCUCCAUACCACAGCUGUCUUGCUUGAGUUUGAGGUGUUCCCUUUCUAGGAAGUACACGUUUUGCCUUCCCUUUUUUCCCGCUAACUGGCUGUAAUUACAAACACACUGCAGAUCCAGGUGGUGAGAGGUGUUUUUGUUUAGCUCUUCAGUCACAAUGUGCUGCAAGUGGUGGGCUAAUUGCACACAUUUGGAAAUAAAGUGAGAUUUUUUUUUUUGUUCUUCAUUUUCCAACAUCUAUUUAAGGGAAAAAGAUGAAUACCUUUUUUUUUUCUGUUCCAUACAGUUUUCCUUCUGGACAUCACUUCUGCUUCCCUCCCUGUUAUCCUCAGUGGAGCUCCUCCCUUUUCUCACACGCACUUCUUAGGAGUGGCUUAUACAGAUAAAUUACAGAGUUGGGAGUUUAAACUGGAAAGCAUUAAGCUUGUGUUUUGCCUGACUUCCCCCUUCUGUGAUCAACAUGGGUCCAGGAUGCGGGAAGGGGUGUCUUCCAUUUUCCCCAUACACAGCCAGCCAGCUAUGUGCUUCCUUUGGGUGGGAAGAACUCUUGUAUUUUUAUUUCCCCUCAUCUACUUCUCAAUUCCUUUUAAUUUCCUGUUCCUGGUGGCUACGCUGUUCCUCUGUAGUUACAAGCAGGCAGUGACACGCAGUCCUUGAUGCAAAAACAAGCCUGGGCUUCUUCCACCUUUCUCCUUCUGCCUCCCUGCUGUGCUCUGGGCACCACGGGCACCUCCAGCAGCAGCUUUCUCCGCCCAUCUCACUGCUGUGUUUGGAGCACGCUGUCCAGGAGAGGGAAGUGGUGCUGUAGGUUUAGUCAGUAGUGCUCAGAAGCGAAUCGUGCUGCCUGAAGGGUCCAUUCAGGGGUGUACAGCGUAGUAGAAACUGCUCGGCAUGCAUCCCCGUUAUACCUGCAGGCUCAUCCUAGUUGCAAAGCAGACCGUAGCUUGUUCUCGUACUGAGACCCUUCUGCCAUUAGCGGGGUUAGCCCUGAGGUUUCUGACCCGUGAUACUCAUAAGCUAACUGUGCCACUUAAAUUAUGUUUGAUGCACUUGUAUUUAUUGCACUGACAGAAGAGGAACACUUAACGUGGCUCGGUGGAGAGUGACCUGCACAUUCCAGCUCACGCUGCUGCCGGCAGCUGGCUGCCUUCCUGCGGGGCAGAGCUGAGGGCCCGGCGCGGGGCCGGCGGCUGGCGGCGAUCCCAAUGCCCCCAGCCCCGGCAGGAGGCCAGUGAGAUGCUUGGAACUUCAAACCGAAAUGUUUAUCUAAAAGUGGUGUAGUUUUAAUAAAGGCAUUGACUGCUGAUCA